CGAUCGAAGAAAUCUUGCCGUGCGCCCCAUCGCCCCAGUGAUGAUCCGUCUUUUUAAAACGACACGCAAAUAUACGCGCUCCUCUUCCUCGUCUCUGCAUGUGUAGAUGGACGAGGAGGGGCUUGAAGAUGAGGAGCAGGCAGGCGUGUGUGUCCCUGUGUGAGUCUGUGUGAACGCGUGUGAGCGCGCGCGCGUGUCUCUGCGUGUGUGUGUGUGCGUGUGAUGUGAUGUGUGUGUCGCCUCGCCGUGAGCUCGCUUGCUUCCAACGAGACGCGGACCGACAGCAGACCCUUCAACAAAGCAGUCAAACCGAAGUGACGUUUUCACAGAAAGCAUGGCUGAGAGGCCCUCUGCAUGAAUUCAGGAUUGCACACAGCACACGGAUAAAGAGAACCCUAACCACCGUCAAGGUGUGUAGGCGAGUGAGGCCAUUUUACCCCCCAAGAUGGUGGCUUUGUCACUAAAGAUCUGCGUGCGCCAGUGCAAUGUGGUCAAGACGAUGCAAUUUGAGCCAUCCACGCCUGUGUACGACGCCUGCAGGAUCAUCCGGGAACGUGUCCCAGAAGCUCAGUCCGGACAAGCCUCCGAUUAUGGUCUUUUCCUGUCUGACGAUGAUCCCAGGAAAGGAAUAUGGCUGGAAUCUGGAAGAACCCUGGAUUACUACAUGCUACGAAACGGAGAUAUUUUGGAGUACAAGAAGAAACAAAGACCACAGAAGAUCAAAAUGCUUGACGGCGCGGUGAAGACCAUCAUGGUGGACGACUCCAAAACGGUCGGGGAGCUUCUUGUUACCAUAUGCAGUCGAAUAGGAAUCACCAACUAUGAGGAGUACUCACUCAUUCAGGAGGUGCCGGAGGACAAGAAGGAGGACGGGAUGGGAACACUGAAAAAAGACAGAACGCUUUUACUGCGAGACGAGAGGAAGAUGGAGAAGCUCAAAGCCAAACUGCAUACAGAUGAUGACUUGAACUGGCUGGACCACAGCAGGACCUUCAGAGAGCAGGGGGUGGAGGAAAGCGAGACGCUGCUGCUCAGGCGCAAGUUCUUCUAUUCGGAUCAGAAUGUGGACUCGCGGGACCCCGUCCAGCUCAACCUGCUUUAUGUCCAGGCCAGGGAUGACAUAUUGAAUGGAUCCCACCCUGUCUCCUUUGAUAAAGCCUGUGAGUUUGCAGGGAUCCAGGCUCAGAUCCAGUUUGGACCCCACGUGGAGCACAAACACAAGCCUGGAUUUCUCGACCUGAAGGAAUUCUUGCCGAAAGAAUACAUCAAGCAAAGAGGGUCAGAGAAAAAAGUAUUCCAAGAUCAUAAAAACUGUGGAGAGAUGACAGAGAUAGAAGCAAAAGUGAAAUAUGUAAAACUGGCCAGAUCAUUGCAAACAUAUGGAGUGUCCUUUUUCCUGGUGAAGGAAAAGAUGAAGGGUAAAAAUAAGUUGGUCCCACGCCUGCUGGGGAUAACCAAAGAGUCUGUGAUGCGAGUAGAUGAGAAGACGAAAGAUGUGGUGCAGGAGUGGCCCCUGACGACGGUCAAAAGAUGGGCCGCCUCCCCUAAGAGCUUCACCCUGGAUUUUGGUGAGUACCAGGAGAGUUAUUACUCUGUCCAGACUACAGAGGGAGAACAAAUAUCCCAACUCAUUGCCGGAUAUAUUGACAUCAUUCUGAAAAAGAAGCAGAGUAAGGAUCGCUUUGGCCUUGAGGGAGAUGAGGAGGCCACCAUGUUGGAGGAAUCUGUUUCCCCUAAGAAGUCCACAAUUUUACAGCAACAGUUCAACCGGGUGGGUCGAGUGGAGCAUGGCUCAGUAGCCCUACCAGGUAUAAUUCGCUCAGGGUCCGCUAGCAACUCUGACACUUUCAAUGUAGGCACCAUGCCCUCUGCCCAACAACAAAUCACCACUGGACAGAUGCACAGAGGACACAUGCCACCGCUGAAUCUAGCCCAGCAGGCCCUGAUGGGGACAAUCAACAGCAGCAUGAAUGCCGUGCAGCAAGCCCAGGCUGACCUGGGACAUGUCGAUAAUCUGCCUCCUCUCGGCCAUGACCUGGCAUCCAGAGUUUGGGUUCAGAAUAAAGUGGAUGAAUCCAAACAUGAAAUCCACUCUCAGGUUGACGCCAUCACUGCUGGAACGGCAUCUGUGGUCAAUCUCACUGCAGGUGAGCCAACGGAAACUGACUACACAGCGGUUGGUUGCGCCAUCACUACUAUCUCCUCCAACCUGACUGAAAUGUCGAAGGGCGUCAAGCUGCUCGCCGCCUUAAUGGACGAUGAGAUAGGCAGCGGACACAAGCUCAUGGGUGCCGCCAGGAUGCUGGCGGGUGCGGUGUCAGAUCUGCUCAGAGCUGUUGAGCCUGCGGCCGCUGAGUCCAGGCAGACUGUGCUGACUGCAGCAGGAAGUAUCGGACAAGCCAGCGGGGACCUGCUCCGUCACAUGGGGGAAGGAGAGACUGAUGAGAAGUUCCAGGACACCCUGAUGAAUUUGGCCAAGGCAGUGGCCAAUGCAGCUGCCAUGUUGGUUCUGAAGGCCAAGAAUGUGGCCCAGGUGGCCGAGGACACCAUAUUGCAGAACCGCGUGAUUGCGGCCGCCACUCAGUGUGCCCUUUCCACCUCACAGCUGGUAGCCUGCACCAAGGUGGUGAGUCCAACCAUCAGCUCCCCCGUAUGUCAGGAGCAGCUUGUGGAAGCUGGGAAGCUGGUGGACCGCUCUGUGGAGACGUGCGUCAAAGCUUGCCGCUCAGCCAGCGACGAUGGCGACCUGCUGAAGCAGGUCGGCGCAGCGGCCGGCGUGGUGAGCCAGGCCCUCAGCGACCUUCUGCAGCACGUCCGCCACUACGCCAGCUGCGGCGAGCCCAUCGGACGCUACGACCAGGCCACUGACACCAUCAUGAAUGUCACCGAAAAUAUUUUUACUUCAAUGGGCGAUGCCGGUGAGAUGGUGCGCCAGGCCCGGGUUCUAGCGCAAGCCACCUCUGACUUGGUCAAUGCCAUGCGAUCUGACGCCGAGGCAGAAGUGGAUGUUGACAACUCCAAGAAGCUAUUAGCCGCAGCUAAACUGCUAGCUGACGCCACAGCUAGAAUGGUGGAGGCAGCUAAGGGGGCAGCUGCUUACCCGGAGAAUGAAGACCAGCAGCAGAGGCUCCGAGAAGCAGCUGAGGGUUUGCGUGUCGCCACUAAUGCCGCCGCUCAAAAUGCAAUAAAGAAAAAGCUAGUCAGCAGGCUGGAGAUAGCUGCUAAGCAGGCGGCGGCGGCUGCUACUCAAACAAUUGCAGCUGCGCAAAAUGCCGCGGCUUCCAACAAAAAUACAGUCUCACACCAACAGCUUGUACACAGCUGCAAGGCAGUCGCAGAUAGCAUUCCUCAGUUGGUGCAAGGCAUGAGAAGCAGCCAAGCCCAACCCGAGGAGCUUGGAGCCCAGCUUGCCCUCAUCAUGGCUAGCCAGAGUUUCUUGCAGCCUGGAAGUAAAAUGGUGGUGUCCGUGAAGUCAGCCGUUCCGACGGUGGCUGACCAAGCUGCGGCUAUGCAACUGGGUCAGUGUGCAAAGAAUCUGGCAACCUGCUUGGCAGAGCUCAGAACAGCCACCCAGAAGGCCCAUGAAGCGUGCGGUCCACUGGAGAUUGACUCAGCCCUCAAAACGGUUCAGACACUCAAAUGUGAGCUGCAGGAUGCCAAGAUGUCCGUCAUUGACAGCCAACUCAAACCACUCCCCGGGGAAUCGUUGGAGAAGUGUGCACAGGAUUUGGGAAGCACAUCGAAGGCUGUGGGCUCUUCCAUGGCCCAACUGCUGACUUGUGCUGCUCAAGGCAAUGAACAUUAUACAGGUGUGGCUGCCAGAGAAACGGCGCAGGCAUUAAGGACGUUGGCACAAGCAGCCAGAGGUGUCGCAGCCAGCACUAAAGAGCCUCAGGCCGCAGCUGCAAUGCUAGACUCCGCCCAUUGCGUCAUGGAGGGCUCAUCCAUGCUAAUCCAUGAGGCCCACCAGGCCCUGGUACAUCCAGGAGAUGCGGAAAGUCAGCAGCGACUUGCUCAGGUGGCCAAAGCUGUGUCGCACUCGCUGAAUAAUUGCGUGAACUGCCUGCCGGGCCAGAAGGACGUUGACAUGGCUCUCAGGAGCAUCGGAGAAGCCAGCAAGAAGUUGCUGGUAGACAUUCUUCCCCCCUGCAGUAAGACGUUGCAGGAAGCUCAGACGGAUCUCAACCAUACAGCGGCUGAGCUCAACCACUCGGCAGGCGAGGUCGUUCACUCCUCCCGUGGAACGAGCAGCCAGUUGGCUGCCGCUUCCGGGAAGUUCAGCCAAGACUUUGAUGAGUUCCUGGAUGCUGGCGUCGAGAUGGCAGGACACACCCAAAGCAGGGAUGAUCAGAUCCAAGUUAUUGGUAAUCUGAAGAACAUCUCAAUGGCAUCCAGUAAGCUUCUGCUGGCCGCCAAGUCUCUGUCUGUCGAUCCCAAUGCAGCUAACGCAAAGAAUCUUCUUGCAGUCGCAGCACGAGCGGUGACGGAGAGUAUCAACCAGCUGAUCACGCUCUGCACACAGCAGGCCGCAGGACAAAGGGAGUGCGACAACGCCUUGAGGGAAUUGGAGGCUGUGAGAGGACUCCUGGAUAAUCCCAGUGAGCCCAUCAAUGAACUGUCCUAUUUUGACUGCAUCGAGAGUGUCAUGGAAAAUUCAAAGAUCCUCGGAGAGUCGAUGGCAGGCAUCUCGCAGCAUUGUAAGACAUGUGACGUGGUGGCUUUUGGGGAGUGUGUCGGUGUGGCAUCCAAGGCCCUCUGUGGGCUGACAGAGGCUGCAGGACAGGCCUCUUAUCUUGUAGGCGUGUCUGAUCCCAAUAGUCAGUCAGGCUAUGAGGGCCUGGUAGACCCCAUCCAGUUUGCACGUGCCCACCAAGCCAUACAGAUGGCUUGUCAGAGCUUAGUGGACCCAAAUAGUAGUCCCUCACAGGUGUUGUCUGCGGCAACGAUUGUAGCGAAGCACACGUCGGCUUUGUGCAAUGCCUGCCGCCUUGCUUCGUCAAAGACCUCCAACCCCGUCGCUCGGCGACAGUUUGUGCAGUCAGCCAAAGAGGUGGCCAACACCACCGCCAACCUGGUCAAGACCAUCAAGGUCAACUCCCCAACUGAUCAAAACGCUUUAGAUGGAGAUUUUUCCGAGGACAACAGAAACAAAUGUCGAGUUGCGACCGCUCCACUCCUUGAAGCUGUCGAAAACCUGUCUACCUUUGCCAACAACCCUGAUUUUGCGAGUAUCCCAGCUCAAAUCAGCAACGAGGGUUCGGUCGCCCAGGAGCCGAUUGUUCGUUCAGCCCGCUCCAUGCUUGAUAGCUCCACUUACCUCUUAGAAACGGCCCGCUCGUUGGUCCUCAACCCCAAGGAUCCCCCCACUUGGUCGAUCCUCGCUGGUCACUCGAGAACGGUUUCCGACUCGAUCAAGAGCCUCAUCACUUCCAUCAGGGACAAAGCACCAGGACAGAAAGAGUGUGAUUACUCUAUAGAUAGCAUCAAUAAAUGUAUCCGCGACAUUGAGCAAGCGUCCCUGGCUGCAGUCGGACAGACCCUGCCCUGCAGAGAUGAUAUCUCCAUGGAGGCACUGCAGGAACAGCUGACUUCAACCGUGCAGGAGAUUGGGCAUCUGAUUGAUCCCGUCUCCACAGCCGCCCGGGGUGAAGCUGCCCAGCUGGGACACAAGGUGACUCAGCUGGCUAGCUACUUUGAUCCACUUAUUGUGGCAUCAGUCGGCCUGGCCUCCAAACUGCACGACCAUCAGCAACAAAUGACCAUCCUGGACCAGACUAAGACCCUGUCAGAGUCUGCCCUGCAGAUGCUUUACGCUGCCAAGGAAGGUGGCGGCAAUCCAAAGGCGUCCCACACCCACGAUGCAAUCUCCGAAGCAGCCCAGCUGAUGAAAGAGGCUGUGGAUGACAUCAUGGUGACUUUGAAUGAGGCGGCCAGCGAGGGCGGCAUGGUUGGGGGCAUGGUGGAGUCCAUUGCCGAGGCCAUGGGCAGGCUGGAUGAAGGAACACCUCCUGAACCCGAAGGCUCCUUUGUGGACUACCAGACAACGAUGGUGAAGUUCUCCAAGGCCAUUGCCAUCACGGCCCAGGAGAUGAUGACUAAAUCAGUGACCUGCCCCGAAGAGCUCGGCGGCCUUGCCUCUCAGGCGACUGUGGACUAUGGGCAGCUUGCACACCAAGGACGCCUCGCUGCAGCCACAGCAGAGCAUGAAGAGGUUGGUUUCCAGAUCAGAACACGCGUCCAGGAGCUGGGUCACGGCUGUAUCUACCUGGUCCAGAAAGCUGGAGCCUUGCAGCUCAGCCCCACAGACAGCUUCUCCAAAAGGGAGCUCAUCGAGUGUGCACGUGCAGUCACCGAGAAGGUGUCUUUGGUACUGUCAGCGCUGCAGGCGGGCAACAAAGGCACCCAGGCAUGCAUCACAGCGGCAAGUGCCGUUUCGGGCAUCAUCGCUGACCUGGACACGACCAUCAUGUUCGCCUCGGCGGGAACGCUGAACCCUGAGAAUGAGGAGUCCUUUGCUGACCACAGGGAAAGCAUUUUGAAGACAGCCAAGGCCUUGGUGGAGGACACCAAGCUCCUGGUGGCCGGAGCCGCAUCCAGCCAAGAGAAGUUGGCCCAGGCUGCCCAGUCCUCAGCUAAGACCAUCACCCAGCUCACAGAGGUGGUCAAACUGGGAGCGACGAGCAUGGGCUCUGAGGACCCCGAGACACAGGUGGUUCUGAUCAACGCAGUACGCGACGUGGCCAAGGCACUGGCCGAACUCAUCAGCGCCACCAAGUGUGCCGCGGGCAAGGCUGCCGACGACCCGUCCAUGUAUCAGCUGAAAGGCGCCGCCAAGGUCAUGGUCACCAACGUGACGUCUCUUCUGAAAACGGUGAAGGCAGUGGAGGAUGAAGCCACUCGUGGGACGAGGGCAUUGGAGGCCACCAUUGAGUUCAUCAAGCAGGAGCUGACAGUGUUCCUGUCGAAGGACGUGCCGGACAAGUCCACCACACCUGAGGAGUUUAUCCGCAUGACAAAGGGCAUCACCAUGGCGACGGCCAAAGCCGUGGCAGCGGGCAACUCUGCUCAGCAAGAGGACGUGAUCGCCAUGGCCAACCUGAGCCGCAAAUCUGUUUCUGAUAUGUUGACAGCCUGCAAGAAAGCGGCACACCACCCAGAAGUGAGCGAGGACGUGAAAAGCAAGGCCCUGCAGUAUGGCUCCGAAUGCACCACUGGAUAUGUCCACCUUUUGGAACAAGUCCUACAGGUGUUGCAGAGGCCCACAUCGGAGCAAAAGCAUCAACUGGCCGUCCAUUCGAAGCAUGUGGCGGCAUGUGUGACGGAGCUCAUCCAGACAGCCGAGGCCAUGAAAGAUGGAGGAUCAGAGUGUGUAGACCCCGAGGACCCCACUGUCAUCGCAGAGAGCGAGCUCCUCGGAGCGGCGGCGUCCAUUGAAGCCGCGGCCAAGAAACUCGAGCAGCUGAAGCCCAGAGCCAAGCCCAAGCAGGCUGACGAGACGCUGGAUUUUGAGGAGCAGAUUCUUGAAGCAGCCAAGUCCAUCGCAGCAGCGACCAGCGCUCUUGUCAAGUCUGCAUCAGCAGCCCAGAGAGAGCUGGUGGCACAGGGCAAGGUUGGAUCCAUUUUAGCCAAUGCCGUGGACGACGGCCAGUGGUCGCAAGGACUCAUAUCGGCUGCCCGCAUGGUUGCCGCGGCCACCAGUAACCUGUGCGAGGCGGCCAACGCGUCCGUGCAGGGCCACGCCAGCGAGGAGAAGCUCAUCUGUUCAGCCAAGCAGGUGGCGGCCUCCACAGCUCAGCUGCUGGUGGCCUGCAAAGUGAAGGCGGACCAAGAUUCCGAGGCCAUGAAGAGACUACAGGCUGCUGGCAACGCAGUGAAGCGAGCCUCAGACAACCUGGUGAGGGCGGCCCAGAAAGCAGCCUUUGACAAAACAGAGGAUGACAGUGUGGUAGUGAAGACCAAAUUUGUUGGAGGCAUUGCUCAGAUCAUUGCGGCUCAGGAGGAGAUGCUGAGGAAGGAGCGCGAGCUGGAGGAAGCCCGGAAGAAGCUGGCUCAGAUCCGACAGCAGCAGUACAAGUUCUUGCCCACCGAGCUGAGGGAGGACGAGGGUUGAUGGCCUGCCCGGAUUGGACGCUCUCACGCCGGCGCCGCUGGCUCUCCUCUCAUGUAACCGAGGAUUAUACAGCACUUGAAACAGGCCCGUUUGGUAAGACGACCAAGUGCCUGUGCUUCGUUGUGUAUUUUGUGUGUACGUGUGUGCGGGCGUGUGUCAGUGACAGGCGCUGGCGUUUCCAUAAUAUAAUGUUGACGUUUGAGACCGUACGAUGAAGCCGUGUACGAAACCUUUUUUUUUUUCCCUGCGUCGUUCAUGUUAAAAUGACGUGAAGAAAGUUCUAAAUCUUAUCAUUGUUACCGAAUGUUUUAUAGUCAGCGAGCAGAUGAUCGUGGCAGAGUCCAGUUAAGGGUCCAUCGCUACUUUUAAUCUAUUUCAAAGGAUCAAAACAGAGGCAGGAAGGGGGAUGAUGUCACCACCGGCUUGCACGCACCAUCUAAUCUCUACAUAUCAAUGAAGCUACUAACCAAUAGAGUAGUCGAGCACUUAUUACAUGUGAUCUAAAAAUGAAAAGCUUUUUCCAAAACGCGAUAAAUGCCACAUUAAAAAAGAAAAAAGGAUUUUGCUGUGCCGUUCUGUUGUGUACAGGCUCUAUUAUCAUUUGUUCAGACUAAGCCAAUGAAUUGUUUCGACAGGAUAAGUUCAUGAUUGUAAUUGUAUUUUUGUUGUUGUUGUUGUUGUAUAAUCCAAAUGGAUUUAUAGCGUUUUGGAAAGAAAUCCUUCCAAUUAGAGGCUUUGCGGCUGCCAGCAAAACUAAAAUAAUAAAAAGUAUAUUUAUUCUUGACUGAUACUUUUUAAAAAAUAUAUAUAGUUAUAUAGUUUUUCUUACAGAGUGGACCAGAAAGGUGUGUCUUGUGACCAAAAUGAUCUGCCUGCUUCCCACCUCACUCCAGCUUUGAAAAACACAAACUCACAGAGCAGUGCAACAAUCUUGCUGGCAUUUUUUAUCUUUUUUUUUUUUCUCUCUCUCAUAUUUUUUGCACUGAUAACGAUUAACAUUAAGUGGAAGUAUUAAAUGGAACUUAGAAGGUCAAUUUCCGGUCAACUUUUUUCAGAUUUAAUGAUGGACAUGACUAUCGUAAAAGCUUUUUUUUCAUAAAACCUAUUUUGAAGUAAGAUUAUCAUACAAGUGUAAAAAUAAGUUAAACAACAGCAAAGUGUAAAUAUGCCACUCAAGGUAGGUGUUCCUCUCCAUUUCGACUUCAGAAGUUCCAUUGCACUUAUUAUAAAAUACGUUCAAACUAUCAGCAAGAUUUGCAAGGCACAAGUAAUUUUAAAGUAUUGAUUAGCAAUAUGACAAUAAAAUAAGAUUAUACUGUAUUGAAAAUGGACUGUUUUCUAGCAACAAGAAAAAAAAAAACAGAGCAAUACGAGCAUUACGUAAGGCCAGUUGCAUGCACAAGCUCAUGCGGCAACAUGCUCCCCCAAAAAAUGAAAUGGCAAAUCCCCGUAUGCUGAAAGAUGGGCAAAUUCUUGGGCUUUGUCAUGAAAACUCUAUUUUGCCUUCUUCUAAGUCCAUUUUACUUUCCCAACAUUUUAUUUGAGAAAACAAAUCUGAUUCAAAUGAGCUGUAAUUAUGGCGGCUCUUGCUCAAUCCCGUGCAAUACUUUGCCUAAACCGUUUUGCAAGAACAAGCUUUUAUUUCUCAGUCACUGGUAUGUACACGCAACAAGCUUUUAAAUACUUGAAUGAUUAUAAUAUGUUGUGUUUCACUUGGGAAAAUGUUAUCUUUGGACGUACGCCACUCACAAAAAGUUCAGGAUAAUUGCCUUUUGAAUUUAUUGCAACUGCCAAAUUCUUGCUAGUUAACUUUCAUUGCUAUCCGGCGUCGGCUAUUCUGCGGUAGUUUCAGCAAAGCUCCCAAAUGCCAAGGAAACGAGGAAGCAUGAGGCUGUUUUGGCUACUGCAAUUGAUUGACAGCACAUCUGUCAGACCUUCUGUCUCUGAUUGGUUGUUUUUCCUAGGGCGCCACAGUUUCUUCAGAAUCAAAUUAGUGGUAGAAGUUGUUUUUUCUUUCCUCAGAUAAUUUUUCAGAUGUUCUGCUAUCAGGUUUAUAGUGGCAGUUUUUACAAAUAUGACCAAAAGUGAAGAUUCCUUGUUUUAAUUGCAACUUUCCCCUUUAUUUUGACAUUCUCUAAAUUUUAGUAAUGCACAUGUUCGAUGUUUCAAUACUUUUUGCACGACAGGUUUGAUCCAUGAAUGGACCAGUAAAUUUCCUGGUGCGGUUAGAAUGAAUAUUUAAGCAGUCCUCUUAAUUGUGCUGUUUACAUUUUGACAUCAUGAGACCAAAAACAAAAAAAAAUGUGAUCAGCAGUACCUCGCCAUUGCGCGUCUGUACUCAAAGGGAAGUGGCCUCUGAGCUUCAAUUGUCACCGCAGGUUGCAACAGACAUUCAGAGACUGGAAGAGUCACAGAAAAGCAUAGAAGUAGACAUCCUUGGAAAUUUUCAUGGUUCCAACACCAAUUUUGCCAUUCAGCUCGUUCGAGAAAAGCAAGUUGCGCAAAAACAACAAAACAUUGAACAUCUGGACAUUGGAAAAUAGAGAUCAGUUUCAAUUAGGUUCCACCUUGUAAAGCGCACAUCAGGGUUAUCCCGAAAUUUCACCCCGCAACUUUUUGUGAGUCGUGUGCAUCUUAAUCAUAGAUUGUAGGCCUAUUUGUCAUGUCCAAUAUUUACAUUUAUAAUAAUUGCCGUCACAAUUUCAUAAGGGCACAUAGCAUCAAUAUGUAUCCUCAAUGGUUCAUGUACACCUGCGAGCUGGUGAUGAAGGUCUUGCACUGUUACGGGGACUGACAGCACGUUUACGUAGGAUCGAAUUAGCCUAUCGGAUGCACUGAAAUGGCUUGAGAAAGCUUCCAUUGUUGCGAAUCUAAGACAUUCCUUCACCCGCUGAAAAAGGUCAGAAACGAAAGCCGUGGUUCAGGAGCCCGGUUGGGUCCGUCUUGGAUGUCGGGAAUUUGCCAGCAGGUUACCUCCUGCGUUGUGUCUUAGUGCCUUACUCGAGUAUGUGGUGCAAAGAGUUGAAGAGGCGUCCUGGUUGGAGUUUGAGCCUUGAGAACAUUUUUUUGCCAAUCCCCAUCAAGGCCUGAGCCGCAACAUGAGGAGUCCUUUGCCAUACGAUCCAAUGCCUUGGCUGCCGGGCCUGUACCUGCCUAUAUUGCUAUCGUGGAUACCUUUCGGGGAUUUCGAAACUUUGGUGGAAUGCUAACGGCAUUCCUUCAGCAUGUUUGUGUUUGAAGUUAUGAGAAGUUGUUGAAGAAAAAAAAAAAUAAUGGGCUGUUGUUGUUCCCUUCUCUUGUCAUCUAUGUUAAAAUGUCUGUUUUUACCAGUUAAGAAUUACCCUGCCAUGCAGUGCUGAGCAAAGGUCUGAGGCUGACAUUAGCUUUGUUGUUUUAAUGACCGUUGUCAUUGCAUUCGUUUGGGUGCAGCAAAAACACAAGACUACAUGAUUGGUUUUUGGGAGUGUUUUUUGUUUGUUUGUUUUUUUUUUGCAGAAGGUAAGCAUGGACCAAUCACAAAGUUCGAGAUGAAAACUUCUUUUUUGUGUGUGUCUGGCUGUAUUUUUUAGAGGGGGAUUCCGGCAUCUCCACUCUUAAAAUUGCUGGGUUCAAAAUAACCCAAAUUGGGUGAAAUAGCGAACCCAGCACUGGGUCCGAAAGGGACCGAGCCAAUGCUGGGUUAUUUCUACCCUGGGUUAUUAAAUUGAGGGUUUCCAAACUCAACACUGCAACCCACUGAGCCAUCCAACCACGAAUAAUAACCCAAACGGGUAAAAGUAACACAACGCGCUCAAAAUCCACAGUUACCCAGCAAGUGAGUUAGAAAAACAUCCCAACAUUUUUUGUUUUGUUAUUGUGUAUAUAAAAAAAAGGAUAGUCUGCUCCAACAACAAAUCUAAUGACGGGCCAGUAUUUUUGCCCAGCACUGUGUAUUUAUUAUCUGAAUGAUUUGUGCAAAUAUUCAAGCAAAUGGGAGGGGAGUUGACUGUGUUACGAAUAGGUGUUGUGCAAAACCGCGUGUAGUUUGAUGACUUGAUGCUCAAUGUAUAUUUAUCUUGUCACAAAGGUAUUUUUUGUAUUCAUCACAAAAUAAAUUUAAAAAAUCAAGCAGA